UAAGCGUUGAAAGAGCGGCGCUGAUUAGCGAAUCUGGAAUCACCUGGAUGAAAGCCCACUUGUGAUUCGUCACAAGUAGACCGAAGCCCCUGCGGGCUGGAACCGGCCGGACAGUGAGAUGGCUGGCACCGUGCUGGGGGUGGGGGCCGGCGUGUUCCUCUUGGCCCUCCUCUGGGUACUGGUGCUGCUGCUGUGUGUGCUGUUAUCCAGAGCCUCCGGGAUAGCCAGGUUCUCCGUCGUUUUCGUGUUCCUGGGUGCUCUGAUCGUCACGUCGGUUCUGCUGCUCUUCCCCCGAGCCGGUGAAGCCCCAGCCCCUGAGGUGGAAGUGAAGAUUGUGGAUUCCUUUUUCAUUGGCCGCUAUGUCCUGCUGGCUUUCCUCACUGCUGUCUUCCUUGGAGGUGUCUUUUUGGUUCUCAUUCAUCAUGUCCUAGAGCCAAUCUACGCCAAACCACUGCGGUCCUACUGAGCACUGUUCUGGAAAACCAGGACCCUGUUUUGUCCUUCACGUUUGAUGUCACCGGUGAGCGGAAAGGUACUGUUCAGAGCUCUGUUUGGACAGCCGUUAUGCCUUAAGGUCAGAGAAAUAUCCAUGUACAACUAGGACAAAUCCCUUGAAUCCUGGCUUCCAGAAACGGGGUUGCAAAAUUGGCCCUGUGGAGACUAUUUCCACCAUCUUCAGAGGGAUGUUGCGGUCUUCUUCACACUCGUUCCUCGGGUUUUCUAUCUGUUUUGAAAGGGAAGAAGUAACAGGGAUCUACUUCCAGUAGAGUUUCAAUCAAGACAUCAGUAAGUGGAUUUGGGGAAAAGGAGCACUUGGCUUCUACUGUCCAAGAGAUGGAAGAAUCUCAUCUUUUUGAUAAUACCCAAGAUUCUUAGUUAAAAGGGUGGGAUCAUGUGGAAAGGAAAGGCACUCGAAGUUCAAAAGCUUAUUUUAAUGUGAUGAGUUGGAAGACUUACCCAGGUGUUGGUUGUUGACCGUGUGCAUAUGGCACCACAGAACCUGUACAGGCAACAGGUAUACCUUCCCUCUGCUCUAGUAAAGCAAUAACCAACCAAAGGACUGGCUUUCACUUCAGACUCUUGGCUACAGCUUUCUCAAUCUAUAUUCUAUAUUUCAAAUUUACUUGGGGAUUAAAGGAAGGAUACGGAA